AUGGCCAUGACUCUUGCGUCGAAAGAUGCGGAUUACACCAUCAAGCCCGAAGCUGUGACUCCAGCAGCAGACUCCAGCGAAUGGCCUCUCCUCCUGAAGAACUACACCAAUUUGCUUGUUCGUACUGGACACUUCACUCCCAUUCCCGUCGGCUGCAAUCCCCUCAAUCGCGACCUUAAGUCCUACAUCAGUUCUGGUGUCAUAAACCUCGACAAGCCCUCGAACCCUUCUUCUCAUGAAGUGGUCGCGUGGGUGAAGCGUAUGCUGAGGGUUGAGAAGACUGGUCACAGUGGAACGCUCGAUCCUAAGGUCACCGGAUGCUUGAUCGUCUGCAUUGAUCGCGCAACGAGACUCGUCAAGUCGCAGCAAGGUGCCGGAAAGGAGUACGUCUGCGUUAUCAGAUUACACGACAAGCUCCCAGGUGGUGAAGCGCAAUUUGCCCGAGCCCUCGAGACUCUGACUGGUGCGCUUUUCCAACGUCCCCCUCUGAUCUCCGCCGUCAAGCGACAGCUGCGUAUCCGAACGAUCCACGAGAGCAAGCUCUACGAGUUCGACAACGAUAGACACCUGGGCGUAUUCUGGGUCAGUUGUGAAGCAGGAACAUAUAUCCGUACACUAUGUGUUCACUUGGGCCUGUUGUUAGGCGUUGGAGCUCACAUGCAGGAGUUGCGCCGUGUUCGCAGUGGUGCUAUGGAUGAGACGAAGGGAAUGGUCACUCUCCACGAUGUUCUGGAUGCCCAAUGGAUGCAGGACAACACUCGCGAUGAGUCGUACUUGAGACGGGUCAUCUCUCCUCUUGAAACACUUCUUACCACCUACAAGAGAAUUGUCGUCAAGGACAGUGCCGUAAAUGCUGUAUGCUACGGUGCCAAGCUUAUGAUUCCUGGUUUGCUCAGAUACGAGUCUGGUAUUGAGGUUCAUGAGGAGGUCGUUCUAAUGACCACGAAGGGAGAGGCUAUCGCAUUGGGUAUUGCGCAAAUGUCGACAGUCGAGCUCUCAACAUGCGACCACGGAGUAGUUGCCAAGGUCAAGCGUUGUAUCAUGGAGCGCGAUCUCUACCCAAGAAGAUGGGGACUAGGGCCAGUUGCGUUGGAGAAGAAGAAGAUGAAGGCCGACGGCAAGCUCGACAAAUACGGACGCCCCAAUGAGGCUACCCCGGCAAAGUGGAACACCGAUUACAAGGACUUCAACGCACCUCUCGAGGGUGGUGAGGCGCCUGCGAGCUCUGCAAUGGUCGCACCCGAGACACCUGCCAAGACCGCUGCCGCUGUAUCGUCAACAGCAGCCAGCCCAGCGGGAGAUGUGUCGAUGAUCAGCAAUGGUGCAGAAGAGAGUGGCCGGAAGCGUAAGAGACAUGAGGGCGAGACUGCAGAAGAGAAGGCUGAACGUAAGCGCAAGAAGCAAGAGAAAAAGGAGAAGAAGGCCAAGAAGGAGGGCAAGCAAGUUGAGGACAGCGAUAGGCAGGGAAAGGUCAAAACUGGAGUUGUAGGAAAAUGGUAUUUUGAUAACUAG